CAGUGGGUUCUUGCAUAAAGCAGUCGACUGUGAAAUUGCCGGUAGCCUUGUCCUGCUUUCUCUCCGAAAUCUUUAGAUCUACAAGCUUGAUUUUCGAUCAUCAUGAAUCAGGUGGUGGUGAUGCCAUAUCCAGGAAGAGGCCACAUAAACCCUCUCUUGAACUUCUGUCACUUGCUAUCUUCUCGAUUGAACCAACCUAAUCGCACCACCGUCUUCACCAUCGUCGUCACAGAGGAGUGGCUGGGAAUUAUCCAUCCAGACCGGAAGCAAGCUAACAAUAACAUUCUAUUCGCUACUAUCCCUAACGUCCUCCCUUCAGAGCUCAAUCGUGGCUCCAACAUGAUCACCUUCCUCACUGCUGUUAGAACCAAAAUGCAACCUCCUUUUGAGGAGGUGCUUGAUCAGAUGAAGCUUCCGGUGACACUCAUCAUUGCGGAUGUGACUAUGUUCUGGCCGUUUGAAGUCGCUAACAGGAGGAACAUUCCGGUAGCAGCAUAUUGGCCGAUGUCCGCCUCCAUGUUUUCCCUGAUGCACCAUAUCGAUCUUCUUGAAUCCCACAAUCACCUUUACGUCGAUGAGUCAGAGAGAGGACACGAACACAUUGAUUACAUUCCCGGAAUACCUUCAUUGACGAUAGCAGAUAUGCCGAUGGUAUUUCACGCCAAAUACGGCGAAAUGUUCAAGGGUUUGAUCCCGAAUCCUCUAGAGGUAACAAAAAAAGCAAAUUACGUCUUAUUAUCCACCAUUUACGAGUUAGAAUCCAAAGUCAUCGAUGCCCUGCGUUCCAAAAUACAAAUACCCAUCUACACAUGUGGAUUAAACAUACCUUACUCUCAAAUCGAACCCAAUCUUGAAUCAUAUGGCUAUGGCCUCAUAAACUGGUUAGACUCUAAGCCUCUAGGAUCCGUCAUGUAUGUUUCUUUUGGUAGUUAUUUACCAGUGUCGAGUGCUGAAAUGGAUGAAAUCGCAGCCGGUUUAGCACAAAGCGGUGUUUAUUUUUUGUGGGUUGCGAGAGGAGAAACGUCGCGUUUGAAAGAAAUGUGUGGUGAAAAGGGGAUGAUGGUGGAUUGGUGUGACCAAUUAAGGGUUUUGUUACAUUCUUCGAUUGGAGGGUUUUGGAGUCAUUGUGGGUGGAACUCGGUGAAAGAGAGUAUGUUUUCAGGUGUGCCGAUGUUAACUUUUCCUAUAUUGCUUGAUCAACCACUUAAUAGUAAAGCCAUUGUUGAAAAUUGGAAGAUUGGAUGGAAUAUUAGGAAGGAAGUGAGGGGUAUAGAGAGAGAUAAGAUAGCAGAAGUUGUGAGGAAGUUUAUGGAUUCGAAGAGUGUCGAGAGGUUAGGGAUGAUGGAGCGAGUGAAGAAAGUUCAAGAAAUUUGUCAAGAAAGUGGAUCAAGUGAGGAAGAUCUCAAGGCGUUUGUUAACGACAUGGUUACGAAUUAAAAAUCUCAAUGUAUUUGUUAACGACAUUUAUGCCAAUAUUUCUAAGGUUAUUUAUAAUGGCGAAGUAUUCACUUUUUUUGUAUGAACAAGUGAUCGAAAAUGUGUAUAUUUCUUAAGUACGGCAAAAUGGCUGAAAUUGUCUCUCUAUGAGAUAAAAUUAAA